AUGAAUACCACCAAUCACUCUCGGAAUUAUAUCUAUACCGAAUUAUCCGAUCCUAUUUUUGAUAUUAUGGAUGAGAAUGAUGAUGAACUCGAAUAUACCACCGAUGAAUUAAAUCGAUACUAUUUAGAAGAUAGUUAUCUCUAUCCAUGGAUAGACAAUGAAGAGACGAUAGAAAAUGAUCUCAUCGACGACUUCAAUGAUGUUCUCCCAUUACAAGAAGAAGAAGAAGAAGAACAAGAAGUACUUUCACAAAGAUUAAGUCAAAUGUCGACAAAUCAUGAUGAUGACGAGCCAACAACGGCAAAAUUCAAUAAGAGACCACGAUUAUCUACGACGACUGAUGAUCAACAUACGAUGAUAAAAAAACCUAAAAUCAAUUAUGAUCAUAAUGAUAACAAUGAUCAAUAUGAAGAGAUAGAUGCGAAUGAAAAUGAAAAUGAAAUACCAAAAUAUUUAUUAUUAACAAAUCCAUUAUUUAUUCGUAUGAUUCAAAAUAUCAUCGAUACGGCUAGUAGUUCUCUAGAAAUAGCACAGCUACAAAAAUGUGCCAUCUAUAUACAUCAUAUUAAGAUGCUUCAAUUGAAAAAACAAAUUUCAACGACUUAUCUACUAUCGGGUACAGGUCAAUUAGGUUCAUUAGAAUUCGAACUAGUACCUGUUGAUCGACGAGUAUGGCCUAUACAAGUCAAAAAUGCACUCAUAGAACAACAGAAGAACAACUUUAGUACAACCAUCACGACGGAAAUCAAUCAUGACCAAGAUGAUCAUGCUACAUGUGAAGCUCUUAAUCAUUUCAUGGAAUCGAACUCAAACAUUGAAAUAGCUAUAGAGCAUUAUGUUCAACAAUAUGGAACUCAAGUUCUUCAAUUAAAAGUUAAUCUUAAAAAAGCUUUAAUCAAAUAUGAUUAUAAUACGGAAAUACUUGAACGUCAAUAUAAACAACAGAAACCAAAUGAAUAUCAGAUACAAAUCAGAGAUGUGACCGGUUCGUGUUUUUCGUGA